UAACGCUAAAUCUCUACGCGAGCUAAUUUCUGAAAACAAGUUAUGGACGCGCUCCCUGUGUAUUCGACCCUGGACUUCCGGGUAUUAUGCUUUCAACCGACCUAACCCUACGCUUGGGGUAUUCUUAUUACAACACACAUUAAGGUCGCAAGCAUUUUUGGCGCCGUUGCCGGGGAGCGCUUUCUUUUAUAGCUUAUCUUUGGAGGUUCGCCAACCCAUUGUAAGUAUCUCGUUAAUUUUAACUUUGCGUGAUUUAUACUUAAUCUAGCGGAUACCUCUAACUUGAGUUUCUCAAACGUGAGGUUUAACGAAGUUAGAGUAAGUACAAAUCACCUUUUCUUUUAUUGUCUUUUCUUAUCGAGGCGGCGGCAUAGCCCCUCGAAGCUGUUGUUAGGAGGCGGCGGCAUAGCCCCUCUUGUCUGUUUACUUUGUUCUUGUUGCCCAUUAAUUCUCGAGAAGGGUUUUUAAAUUGUAUGCGUGGUGGUCAUCGUGGUGCCUUUCGAAGCCCAAAUUCUAAAAGGCUUCAUAGAUCUUUUUCUCCUCCUCGACCCAAAACCCCUCGUCGGGUUCGAGCAAGGACACCACCACCCCAAAGAACUCCUUUUUCUGUAAGAACUCCUCCUCGAGAAAGAAUGGCCGGAAACGGUGAUGGCGAGAUGCCGCCGAUUGUGCCCGAAAGGACUACGAGCGACUAUUUGAAUCCGGCCCGUACUACUCCGCGGCCCACUAUAGUCCUUCCGGCCGCAACCGAGGCAAAUAAUUUCACCGUUAAAAUGCAUCACAUUAACAUGAUGCCAUCUUUUUAUGGCAAAGACAAAGAAUGCCCGUACACUCAUAUGCGGGCAUUCGAGGAAUUGGUUUCCACAAUAGUGUCCACGCCCGCUCAGCUUGAGUCCGCAAAACUAAAACUCUUCCCAUUUUCUGUGAAAGACAAAGCCAAGAUUUGGUUGAAUAACAUGAGGCCCCAAUCCUUGGCAAAUUGGGCGGAUUUAUCAAAGGCUUUUUACAUGAAAUUUUUCCCCCCACAUCUCACAAAGGAACUCAUGAAUCAAAUUCAAACUUUCAAACAAAGAGAGGGGGAAUCUUUUUAUCAAUAUUGGGAGAGGUACAAGGAUUUGCUUAACUCCAUCCCACAUCAUGGCUUACCGGUUUUUCAAAGAGUCGAGUUUUUGUUAAAGGGAUGCUUUCCAAGCACCCGACUUCUUAUGGAUAGCAUGUGUGUGGGUGGAGUCAUGGCUAAAACCCCUGAUGCGGCGUGGGACUAUUUUGAGGAGUUAUCUGAAAAAACUCAAAACUGGGAUUGCUCGGACCCUUCUGACAAGAAUGUGGUUAAUCCGGUUCCGAGCAAUUCCGGUAAAUUUCAAUUGAAUGAGCAAAAUGAGUUAGCUCAUAAGGUCGCCCAGCUUUCCCGCCAAAUUGAAACUUUACAACUCAACAAAGUUGCUGGGAUGGCCUCUGUGGCCAAGGCGGAGGAAAUCUGUGUGUUGUGUGAGAUUGCAGGUCAUGCUACGGGAGAUUGCCAAAUGCUCCCUGCCGUUAAGGAUAUUCUUCAAGGAACCGGGCAAGCGGAGGUCAAUGCCGUUAAUCAACGGUUUGACCCUUAUUCUCAAACUUUCAAUCCGGUGUGGAAGAUGCAUCCUAAUUUCCGGUGGAGCGAUUCUCAACCUCCCGGACCUCCACAAGUUCCACCGCCUCAACAACAUCAAGCUUUCCGGCCUCCUCAAUCUCAAGGAGCGCCGAGAUUCUCUCAACAUCAACAACCUCCGGGGUUUGCGCCUCCGGGACCUCCUCAUGGGCAAAAUCAAUUCCAAUCUCAAAAGCGAUCUUUGGAGGAUAUUAUGUCAUCUUUUAUGCAAAGUCAAACGUCCCUUAACGAGCAAACCACUCAAACGCUCGGGGAAAUCAAGAAUCAAAUGGCAAAGUUAACUAAUACGGCGGGGGUUCUUCAACAAGAAAAGGGGAAGCUUCCGACUCAACCUCAAGUGAAUCCGCAAGGAACCAAUUAUGUGGCGAGCUCUUCGGUGCUUAGUCCCGAGCAAGCCAAGUCUAUUACAACAUUGCGUAGUGGCAAGGAGAUUGAUAAGGCUAUUCCUCCAAAGCCUAUCAAGCCAAGGGUUACACCUAUUGUAUCGCAAGCUCCGGACCCUCUUAUUGACUCACCAACCUCGGAGCCCUCUCCCGUUGGUGAGCAUCCGGAAAACUCUCAAGUGGAAGAGCCGAAGGCCCCCGUUGCCAACAUUCCGGCUCCUUUUUCCCAACGUUUGAACGCUCCGGCCCAUGCCAAUACCAACUCCGAGAUCUAUGAGCUUUUCAAACAAGUGAGAAUCAAUAUUCCGUUGGUAGAUGCGGUCAAGCAAAUUCCCACUUAUGCCAAGUUUCUCAAAGACUUAUGCACUCAAAAGCGUAAGUUGAAUGUUCAAAAGAAGGUUUUCUUAACGGAACAAGUGAGCUCUAUUAUUCAAACCAAUGUGGUUCCCAAGUAUAAAGAUCCGGGUUGUCCAACCAUCUCCAUCACCAUUGGCGACAAGAAGAUCGAAAAAGCCCUUCUCGAUUUGGGGGCUAGUGUGAACUUGCUUCCGUAUUCUGUUUAUGAACAACUUGGAUUGGGGGAGAUGAGGCCAACACCAGUGACACUUCAAUUGGCCGAUAGAAGCAUCCGAGUUCCACGAGGGAUGGUGGAGGAUGUACUUGUGCAAGUAGACAAUUUUAUCUAUCCCGUGGAUUUCGUCGUAUUGGAUACUUGCCCUGUACCUACCUCCCAAGCAUCAACGUCAACUCCGGUCAUUCUUGGGCGUCCAUUCUUAGCCACAGCCGAUGCCGUUAUUCAUUGCCGAAGUGGUUUGCUCAAUCUCACUUUUGGUAACAUGAAGAUGGAGGUGAACGUUUUCAAUAUCGGGAGCCAAAUGGGGGAUGACGAGUGCGUUCAUGAAGUCAAUCUUAUUGAUUCUUUGGUCCAAGAGCAUAUGGACACUUUCUUGUGUAAGGAUCCGUUGGAGGUGUGCCUUACCGCCGAAGAAGAAAAUUUUCUUGACUCACCGGAGGUGGAGUAUCUGUGUUCUUUGCUUGACAUUGAAGAUGUUUGUGGGACGGACGUAUGGUCUCCGAAAUUUGAAGAAUUGCCUCCUCUCGAGAGCAAGACCCUUCCCUCGAGUAUUCAAUCACCAAAACUUGAGUUGAAGGUCCUCCCGGAAACAUUGAAAUAUGCCUUUCUAGGCGAGAAUGAAACCUACCCGGUGGUGAUCUCCUCCUCUCUCGUCGGCUCGCAAGAAUCCCAACUCCUUGAAAUUCUAAAGCGGCAUACCAAAGCUAUUGGUUGGUCUAUCGCGGAUAUCAAAGGGAUAGAUGCUUCAAUUUGUUCCCACCACAUUGCCCUCGACGAUGAUGUCAAACCUUCUCGCCAACCCCAACGCCGGUUGAAUCCCAUUAUGAAAGAUGUGGUGAAGGCGGAGGUUUUGAAACUCUUAGAUGUGGGAAUUAUCUACCCGAUCGCCGACAGCAAGUGGGUUAGUCCUAUCCAAGUGGUCCCCAAGAAAUCCGGUGUCACGGUGGUUCCCAAUGCCAACAAUGAAUUGGUCCCUACACGAGUCACCACCGGAUGGCGUGUGUGUAUCGAUUACCGGAAGCUUAAUGCUAGCACUCGGAAGGACCAUUUCCCGCUUCCUUUCAUUGAUCAAAUUUUGGAGCAGGUGGCGGGACAUGCUUAUUAUUGUUUUCUAGACGGAUAUUCGGGGUACAACCAAAUAGAGGUCGCCUUGCCCGAUCAAGAAAAGACGACGUUCACUUGUCCUUUUGGGACGUUCGCCUAUCGACGCAUGCCAUUCGGCUUGUGUAAUGCGCCCGGAACCUUCUCACGGUGUAUGAUGGGCAUAUUUAGCGAUAUGAUUGAGAAGAUCGUCGAGGUAUUUAUGGAUGAUUUCUCGGUGUUCGGCGAUUCAUUUGACGCUUGCUUGGAAAAUUUGGAGAAGGUUUUGGCGAGGUGUGAGGAGAAAAACUUGGUGCUCAAUUGGGAGAAAUGCCAUUUCAUGGUAACUCAUGGUAUCGUUUUGGGCCACAUUGUAUCAUCAAAGGGGAUCGAAGUCGACAAGGCUAAAAUUGAUCUCAUUGCCACCCUCCCGACCCCUAAAUGUGUCAAGGACAUCCGCUCUUUCCUCGGGCAUGCCGGUUUCUACCGGCGUUUUAUCAAAGAUUUUAGUGCAAUAUCUCGGCCGUUGUGCCACCUCCUUUCAAAGGAUACUCCAUUUGAGUGGACUCUGGCCUGUGAAGAAGCGUUCAAGAAGUUGAAAUCAAGCCUCACUUCUCCUCCCAUUGUGCAAACGCCGGAUUGGAAUUUGCUCUUUGAACUCAUGUGUGAUGCUAGUGAUUAUGCGGUUGGGGCGGUUCUCGGGCAAAGGAAAGACAAAAAUCCAUACGUCAUCUAUUAUGCAAGCAAAACUCUAAACGAAGCUCAAAUGAAUUACUCCACCACGGAAAAAGAGUUGCUUGCCGUCGUCUUUGCCUUGGACAAAUUCCGGUCAUAUUUGGUGGGGUCCCCUAUUAUUGUCUACACCGAUCAUGCCGCUUUAAAGUACCUUUUCACGAAGCAAGACGCAAAAGCACGGCUCAUUCGGUGGAUCUUAUUGCUUCAAGAGUUCAAUAUCACGAUUAAGGAUAAGAAGGGGGUGGAAAAUGUGGUGGCGGAUCACUUAUCUCGUCUUGAGUUCGAGGACUCUUCCUCAAAGCUCCCGAUUGUUGAUACAUUUCCGGAUGAACAACUCUUCGCUAUUUCGAGUUGCCCUUGGUUUGCCGACAUUGUUAAUUAUCUUGUUAUCGGGCGAAUUCCGGAUCAUUGGACCCCACAAGAUCGAAGGCUUUUUCUUAGCGAGGUGAAAAGAUUUUUCUUUGAUGAUCCUUAUCUUUUCAAAUAUUGUUCGGAUCAAAUUAUCCGGCGAUGUGUGCCCGACGAAGACCAACGGGGGAUCCUAAACUUUUGUCACACCGAGGCGUGUGGUGGCCAUUUCUCUCAUAAAAAGACCACCGCCAAAAUUCUCCAAUGUGGAUUCUAUUGGCCAAAUCUUCACAAGGAUGCUUAUGCAUUUUGCCGGGCCUGUGAGCAAUGCCAAAAACUAGGUGCGGUGACUCGGAGGAACAUGAUGCCCCUCACCAACAUCCUAGUCGUAGAAGUGUUCGAUUGUUGGGGAAUUGACUUUAUGGGCCCAUUUCCAAAUUCUUACGGGUUCCUCUAUAUUCUCUUGGCGGUGGACUACGUGUCCAAAUGGGUUGAAGCCGUGGCUACACGCACCAACGAUCACGCAGUGGUGCUUGAUUUUCUCAAGGAGCAUAUUUUGUCAAGGUUCGGAACGCCCCGGGCCAUUAUAAGCGAUCAAGGCUCACACUUCUGCAAUCGGCCUUUUUCGGCCCUCAUGAAGAAGUAUGGCAUUACCCACAAGGUAUCCACCGCCUACCAUCCACAAACCAAUGGCCAAGCCGAGCUCGCCAAUCGUGAGGUAAAGCACAUUUUGGAAAAAACCGUUAAUCCGAACCGGAAGGAUUGGUCUCUUCGUUUGACCGAUGCCUUGUGGGCAUACCGGACCGCGUACAAGACCGUGUUAGGCGCUUCGCCCUAUCGGCUUGUCUACGGUAAGGCGUGUCACCUCCCCGUUGAGUUGGAACAUAAGGCAUAUUGGGCCAUAAAAUCUUUAAACUUUCGGUUUCCCGAUGCCGGCGCUCAUCGUAAACUCCAACUCAAUGAACUCGAGGAAAUCCGGCGGGAUGCGUAUGAUAACACCAACAUUUAUAAGUCAAAAGUCAAAGAAUUUCAUGAUAAGAAUAUUCAAAGAAAAAAUUUUGAAGUUGGGCAAAAAGUGUUGUUGUACAAUUCUAAACUCCAUGUUUUUCCCGGAAAAUUGCGAUCUCGUUGGGAGGGGCCCUAUGUUGUGCACCAAGUUUUUCCACACGGUGCCAUUGAAGUUGUGAAUCCCGCAAAUGGUCAUAUUUUUAAAGUGAAUGGUCAACGUUUGAAACCGUUUUUGGAAAAUUUUGUGGUGGAGGACACGGUGGAGGAGUUAAUUGAUCCGGUCUAUCCGGAUGAUCCGUUGGUUUGAAAAGUUCUAAAAAAAAAAAAAAAUGUUUUCACGGGGAGCUUUUGCGUACUUCUGGACUUAAUUGUUUGGAAGGCCCGGCCUCUUCGGGGGUACCCAUCAUUGACUUGGGUUAUUGCUUCGCACGCCGCUAUUCAAACAAGGUUCGUGUACCCAGCUCCGGUUAGUAAGGGCAAAUUUUUUGU